GACGGCCACCAAGCAGCUGAGGAGAGAGCAGCCAGACGGACCCAUCAUGUCCGACAAACCAGAUUUUGCAGAAAUUGAAACGUUUGACAAGACCAAGCUCAAGAAGACAGAAACCAGAGAGAAAAAUCCAUUGCCCACUAAAGAAACUAUCGAACAGGAAAAGCAAAGUGAAAGUACAGCCUGAGCAUAAAAUUGAAGAUGUGACUGCUGCUUCUUCAGUGGGGUUUUGGCUUCCGAUUCGGGUUGUUUUGUUUUGUCACCACCAUCCUGUAUUUGUUGCCCAUUUAUUUUAGCAAACAUUUGCUCAUUUAAUGUUCCCCAGGGAAGAAGGGUUUUUUAUGUUUGUUGAACGAGAUACUGUGUAUUUGUAGUCUUAAAACUGUGAUUCCAAGUUCUGUAUCAACCCCAUUACGGGCCAAAAAAAGCAAUUUGCAUAAAAAUUGUUUUCUAAACCUCACAAUAAACAGGUUUCUUCUGA